AUGUCAUCCAAGUCUGUGAAUGUGGUACAGAAUGAGGAAUCUGAUUGCAGUGAUGGAGAUAUGUUAUCUAUUUCGACUGCGCAGUAUGAUGAUGCUUGGAUUCUCAAUUCUGGAUGUUCAUAUCAUAUAACGCCUAACAAAGAGUGGUUUGCUAAUCAUAAACCAGGUAACUCGGGUUCUGUUUUUCUUGGUGAUGAUAGAUGCUGCGGUAUUGUCGGUAUUGGGGAUGUCAAAAUCAAGAUGUAUGAUGGAACUGUUAGGACAUUAUGUGAUGUGAGACAUAUCCCUGAGUUGAAGAAGAAUUUCCUUUCUUUGGGUACUUUGCAUAGAAAUGGUUUCAUUCCCAAGGCUGAUGAGGAUAGAGAAACCAUUAAGAUUGUCAAAGAUGCAGAUAAGGUACAAGUGGAGUUGGAACAUGUUCCAGCAGUUCUUGAUAAGGGAGAGAGUUCGAAUACUGCACCUGAUGAUGUUGAUCAUGAUGUUUCUGGCCCAACUGAUGUGCCAGAGAGCUACAAGUUAGCUUGGGAUAGAGUGAGGCGUACCAAUAUACAAGCUCCGGAGGCUGUUUUUUGUGAGAAUAAUGGUAGAUGGAAGGCUGCCAUGGAAGAAGAGAUGAACUCUGUACACAAGAAUCAGACAUGGGAGAUUGGCUACAAGCGUUGUGAGUUCGAUUGUUGUGUUUACACUAAGAGCCUUGGUGAUGGUUCUAUUAUUUUUUUGUUACUUUAUGUUGAUGACAUGCUUAUUGCUGCUAAGAAUAUGCGUGAUAUUGUUGAUCUGAAAGGCCUUUUGAGUCAAGAAUUUGAGAUGAAGGAUUUGGGGGUUGCGAAGAAAAUUCUUGGGAUGGAAAUUCGCAGGGAUAGAGGAUCAAAGAAGCUGUGGUUAUCUCAGAAGGGUUAUGUGGAGAAGGUGCUGCAGAGGUUUGGGAUGAAUGAAGCAAAACCGGUGGGCACUCCAUUAGCAAACCACUUCAAGCUUUCUGUUGAUAUGUGCCCCAAGUCGGACAAGGAGACUCAGGAUAUGGUGGAGAUACCUUAUGCCAGUGUUGUUGGAUGUCUGAUGUAUGCCAUAGUAUGUACUCGUCCUGAUUUAGCUCAUGUUGUUGGUCAAGUUUGCAAGUAUAUGUCCAGGCCGGGUAAACAACAUUGA